GAGGGGAAAUUGGCGGGAAAAACAUUCCUCUUCCGGGCCGGGCUUGUCUAGGCGAUGCGGGAGGUUGGCGCUCUAUGGUGGGGCGCGGCGCUACGCAUGCGCGGCGCGGCGGGGUUGGAGCUGUGGCGGCCCGCAACCAGCUUUUAGUUUCAGCCUUCCAGUGUUCUCAUUCUGGGUGUGGGAAGAAGAGGGCAUUUCUAAGACCAUGUCUGCUCUAGGAGUGCAUUGCAGUACCUCUAUGGAAAAAGUGUUAAGAACUGCCUGCGGUUCUAUGGAAGCAUGGGGAAAAAAUAGUCAUCUGUUGAGACCCUCAAGGAACUAUUGGGCAAAGUGACGGAAAUGAAGAACUCGAACCAUCGCUUCAGUAUGGCAGCAGCUGAAUCUGACAAGGACUCUGGAUAUUCAGAUGGAAGUUCAGAGUGUCCGAGUGCUAUGGAGCAGACUGACUCAGAGGAUGUGCUGAAUGCAUUGUGUUGGAACACAGAGGAUGGGCCUUGGCAGUGCCCAGUGACCACAAACAGCUCCUUUCCUGCGCUUUCUCCUAUGGUCGUAAUGAAAAAUGUAUUAGUUAAGCAGGGGACUUCAUCACAGCUCCAGUCUUGGACUGUGCAGCCAUCCUUUGAAGUGAUUCCAGCUCAGCCACAGCUACUGUUUCUUCGUCCAUCAAUCCCACCUCCCAUUAACUCUCACCCUGCUGGGAAGAAGAGAAAUGACUCCACUAAUUACCUGCCCAUCCUGAAUUCUUAUCCCAAAAUAGCACCACAGCCCUGCAAAAGAGAUCACUCCUUUGAUCCAGAGGAACGUCAGGAAACCAGUUGCCAUAAACGACUCUGCACAGAAGCACCCAAAAUUGAGACUUCUCCCGUAUCAAGGAGCACAGGCUUGCCUAGUAGUCCUUUUGCCCACCUACCAGUUAGCUUUAAGACCCCUCAGGAUUCCAGCCAGCAAAGUUCUUCAACUCCGGUGACAACUGGAAAGCCGUCAACUCUUCCUGGUUUUCAUCGUGUUUCCAGUGACAGUCAGAAAGUUCUGGGUUUGACUCCUCUUUUGCCUUUUGGAACUCUGCAGGCAACAAAGUGCACCCCUCAUGAGAAUGAAAGUGCAGCACAGACUGCAAUGCAGUCUGCGGUGUGGAGCCCCCCAUUGAUACCAGAAGAGAUUUGCACUACCCCUGAGCUGCUCUUGCAACAACAAAGCAAAUGCAGGCGCUUUCAGAACACGCUUGUCGUGCUACGCAGGUCUGGUUUGCUGGAGAUAACUUUAAAAACCAAGGAGCUCAUUCAUCAGAACCAGGUGACUCAGGCCGAGCUGGAACGGCUGAAGCACCAAACACAGCUUUUCAUAGAGGCAAUAAAGAACAAUGCUCCACAGUCAUGGGCCGAGCUAGAAGCAUCUCUAACAGGAUCUGAUAAAGCUGGUAGCAACCUUGAAGACUCCACUUAUCCCAACAUGUAGUGAAAAGGUGUAUAACUGUUGGUCAAGUUAUUUCUGUGCCUCCUCUUUCCUGUCUCAAGCUUUUGCUUGAGCAUUUUCUGAGUCCCAGACUUGUGAAGUGGAUUGCCAUUAUCAACUUGUUUUCAGAGCCAGUUGUGGGACUGGAAUAGCAUGGCAAGGUCUUGACAGAAUGAGUACUUAUUACUUCAGUGUGACCUUGAAUUCCAUGCUAACUCUUUGUACUUCCUUGGACUCAAGGAGCUUAAAUGUGCUCUGCUGGCAUGUUCCCGUUCUUGCAGUGAACAGACAGUGAUUUGCAGUAUUCUGCAAGCAAACAUCUUCCUAUUCCCAUCUUCAGAUAGUUAUGAGAAUGGAACAGCAGAACAGGCCCCAAUACUGGGCUGUCAUCAGCUGCAAGCAGAUGAAGGAAGUUGUUGUGAGGAGAGGAAAGUUACGUAUGUGGGAUGGUGUCUGUAGGCUCUUGCUUUUUGGGGUUUUAAUGGAUUUGAAUUGGAGGAGAUCUGAUGCUGAAACUAUUAGGUAUUCGUUGCAGUCUUUGGUCAAAGUGAUGACUGUCUUAAGACCCAAGUGAAAUGACAUGUAUUGAUUUUGAGCUGUACAGUUGAGAAAGUCAGUGAAAAUCACAAGGCUUACGCUGGAAGUGUUUAUUCCAAAGCUACAUUUACUAGUAACUAACAGGUGUGCAAGGCAAGUGGCUUUGGAUUUCUUGGUAGCUAACAGAUUAAACGUUGUUAAAGACUGCAGUGACUUUUUUUAAAACAGUGCAAGUCAGAUAUUAAAUUACCGGGAUUAAUUUGGCAAGACUAGUUACAUAUUAUUUGAAAUGCAUAUCAUUUGCUUACAAGGCUAAUCUUUUUUUUUUCCUGUGACAUCAGGUUGCUAAGUGUUAGAAAAAAGGGAGAAGGGUGAAAGGAAAAGGAGCAUAGUGGCCUGUAGUGAAACGAUUCCUCCUCCCAUUCCUCUUCUCUCUUUUAUUUAGAGAAAUCAGAUUAAUGUACCUGGAGAAGGAGGGUGGAGGAGAGGAAGGUAAAAAAAAAAAAAAAAAAAAAAAAAGCAAGAGAUGUCAGCUUGCAUAAUCUUCCCCAAAAAUUUGAUCUACCUGAGUUUGAACUUAAAAAACUAAAAAAAAACCCAACUCAAAACAUACACCACUGUAUGCAUAAGCUGUUAGGCCUUACUAGUAGAAAUACACAGUGGUCGUGCUGCAAAAGCUGUUCUAUAGGCAUUCAUUCAGUUUAUCUAGACACUUAACUCUUGUCACUCCCUCCAAUCUGAAGGUUUUUUUUCAGAGGCAGUCUCUCUGUAGAGGAAUCUGGAUUGUUUAUGGUAUGUUCCUUUUUGCAUAACAAUGUUUUCCAAAGAUUGUGCACUCUAGGUGACUGGGUAUGUUGAUGCUUUGAUCACUUCUGUCAUCUCUUUCAGAUUCUUAAAAAAAGAAACUUGAAAAUAGAGUGGAUGCCUUGCUACUUUGUGGCUAGACCUUUUCAUUUUCUGAUGCCUCUGGGAAUUGGUAUUGCAGAAGACUGGCGAAUGCUUUUGUAGUCUUCCUCAAAUAUGUGCAUUAGAGAAAUUGUAAGGGGCUUGCCUUCUGUCAGGGGUUUCUCCUGUUUUAGAUUGAUGAAAAGAAAUGCCAUACAUGCCUCACAAAUAUGAGAAACAUGAGGCAUAUUUGAACUAGCCAAAAGCUUAGAGGGAAAUUUUGUGGCAGGAUUUGCCCUAGUGGAGCUGUAGCAAACUACUAGCCAUGCUUUUCAUGGUAUCCUCCCCACUUGCUGGAGACUAGUGCAGUAUAUAGGAAUUCAUUAAAAGGAAAAUGUUCCUAGACUAUGUUCUGUCAUGUAUUUUUUUAAAUAUACCUGCUAUAAUUGUGCAUGCUAGGAUGUCUUGUAAUUUGCAGCACAGCAAUAUUGAAACUCAGCCAGGAAACCCAGUAGGUAGGAAGGCAGCAUAGUACAGUGUGAUAAUGUAGGACGUGUCCGAUCUAGUUCUUUUGGAAUGAGUUGUAAUAUCUGCACUGAAUGACACUUGGCAGAAUAGCUGUGAUGGUACCUUAGGCCAUUUGUGAAAGAAUCCCAAAAGAUUAACUUGUUUCUUCUGAGCUUCUUGCAGGAGGGAGAGGAGACAGCAGAAGGCAGCUCCAUUGUUCUGACACCUCUAAUAGGCCUAAAGGUGAGGUGUGAGAAAAUGCGUAGGAUAUCUUUUCUACUUUUCCCCAAAUUCUUAUUCUACACAUCAAAUAGAGAGGAGAAUUUGAAGUUCGGAAUAUAUAUAUUUUUAGGAAGUGAUUGUCCUAGAAAACAAGAUGAUGGACUUGGGCUCCCUAGAGAUGAAAGGAAGUCAGGAAAAAGAAAGAAGUCCAGUCCUAGCUGUUUAAGACAAGAAAAAGUGAAUCUAGCAAUGACUUCUUUUCCAUUCUGUUUCCAGUGCUCUGACAGAGUAAAAGGAAGGAAAAACUGACCUUGUAGGGUAGUACCCUCUAACUUAAGGAGACUCUUGCUUAUAAAAAUCUCUUAUAGCCCAAGCUAUAAGCUCAAGGCAGCUGUCCCAGUCUAAAAAGCCCAUCACAUGGCCUGCUGAGGCUUCAGACACUGCUGGCAACUAGCAGGCAAAGUAGCUUGAUGGGUCAGACAGACUGCUGGUUUUCUAUUAAGUUUUAAUAAAUGUUGGUAUUUUUGAUUACUUUUACUAUGUAUUUUUGAAAUUCUACUGCUGUAGUUGGAAUGUAAACAUUUUCUGUACUUUUGAAGUUCGUUGCCAGCUCUGAUUACAGUAGCCUAAGUACUCUGUUAUAGAACAUAACCUUUUUGCUAAAACUUUACAGAAACAGACUGUGAAAUACGAAUGAAAUAAAGUAUCUACUUGAAAAUUUGUAUUAUUUUAAUGCUGUUAAACUGGACAAUCCUUGGUUCCAAAGCAUGCUUUACAUACAGCACCACAACAGUAUGUUGCCUAUGUGGGAAAGUGUGGAUCCAAAAGUGAUACUAUGAUGUAUCUCUGAAGUGAGUCAUGUGAGCUUUAACAGUAUGUAUGAAUUAAAGGUUCUUUGGGAGGAGCAUGAGUAAAAGUGGGUUGUACAGAAUGCUAAAAAUACAUCGUCGUGGGUGACCAUUGCUAUAGAUCUGUCAAGAACAACCUGGAAGGAUUUUUCCAUCUCUGCAUUGUUAUCUCCAUGUGAUGACUGUACAUUAUGCUCACAGUCUGUGCAGGAUGAACUACACUGUAUCUUAAUCCUCUUGGCUGGGUAUGCAGAAGUUCUAAA